AUGCGCGCCACGCCCAUCGCAGCUGCUCUCGCGGUGCUGGCGCUGUGGCUGCCGGCGGCGCCGGCUCGCCACUACGCCGUCAGCGACGACGCGGCCGCCUCGCAGGAGGACGACGCUCCGUCUCCGGCGCGCCCCGACUACUCGCGCUACUUUGCUUCCGCCGCGGCGCCUGGCCUGGCCGUUCUGGCGCCCGCAGACCCACAGCAAAAGGACGCCGCCGCCGACUCGGCGGGCUUCGUGCGGCCGCUGGACUUCUCGGCGCUGUUCGCCGCCGCCUCCGACGCCGCCCCCGGCUCUGCCGCGCUGCUGCAGCUGCAGCCGCAGGGACUGGCGCUCGCCAGCCCAGGCUCCCACAUCUUCGGCCUCCAGGAUGCCACCGGCGCCGCCUCCAACAGCAACGGCACCGCCGGCUUCACCAGCGACCAGGUCCGCUUCCCGUCGCUGUUCGACGCUGCGGGCUCCGCGUCGGAGGCGGGCUUCCGCCCCCAGGACUUCCUAGCGUCAGCAGCCGCCCCCGGGGGCGGCGCGCAGCCUCUGGCCGCCGCCUCGCCCUCGCAGGAUGCGUACUCGCCGUCGCUGGCUAAGCUGCAGCGCGACUACAGCCUGCGGCCCACGCACUACGACGCCGCCAUCCGUGCCGCCGCAGCCGCCUCCGCCCCCGCUUCGGCCCCCGCCGCCGCCCCCGCCACGGGCUCUGUGCCGCGGCCGGCGGCGCUGCUGCUGGAAGAGCGGCCCAAGCCGUACACCGGCUACCGCGCCGCCCCCGCCGCCUCCGGCGCGGCGGCCGCCGCCUCCGGUGACGCGGCCGGUACGGGCCUGCGCGCCGCCGCCGUCGAGCUGCUGCCCGGAGCUCCGGUCGCCUUAGCCCAGACCCGCCCCAGGCCGUACGUGGGAUACCGCGCCGCCCCCGAGGUGGAAGGCAUCGUCGCUGCAGCCCCGUCUGGCAACUACUACAGACCCGCCCAAGCCACCAAGCGGGAGCAGCCGCAGUACUACAGCGGCAGCAGCUACGAGGCUGCGCGCGCCCCUGGCGGCGACCCGGCGGACUACGAACGCCUGGCCAGCUUCAAGGCGUCCAUCGUGCCCUACCAGAAGCCGUCCAAGGCGGAGGCGGAGGCCAGCGAGCCGCGCCCCGGAAAAUCCUCCUACCCCGGCACGCCCACCGCCGGCUACAACGGAAAGUACCUCAAGCCUGAGAAAGCUGACGCCGGGCGCUACCACGACGACGGCUACGAGACGGCGGCCGCAGCGGCUGACAAGGCGGUCGGAGGCUACAAGGGCAGCAACUACAAGGAGGCCGCGUACGAGGAGGUGGCGGCUGUGGCCAAGGAGGGCAAGGCGGCCGGCGGCGGCGGCUCCGGCGAGGGCGGCAAGAAGUGCAAGAAGGUGGAGAAGAAGGUGACGGCGGACGACGUGGCGAGCGGCCGCUUCCGGCGGCAGGCUAUGACGUGCUUCGUGUGCGAGGACCCGGCCACCGGCGGCAACUACGAGGAGUGUUCGUACGGCGCGGAGCCGAAGCAGGAGGCCUACUUCGUGGGCAGCUCGCGCUCCUUCAAGGCCAAGCCCACCGAGACGUCGCUGCGCUACCGCCGCGAUCUCGACCCGGAGCUCGCCGCCAUGGAGACCGAGGCGCGCGUCUACCGGCAGGCACCGUCCGACUACGAGCGCGAGCUGGACGCGUUCCUCAAGUCUGACACGUCUUCGGGCUACGCCUUCCGUCCGAGCAGCAGCGGCUACGGCCCCUCGGAGCGGCUGUCGGCCGCCGCCGACAGCGGCAACUGCCAGAAGGUGGUGAAGGACUCGAUGACGUGCCAGGUGUGCAAGGACCCCAAGACGGGCGGCGCGUCCGAGCAGUGCUCCUACUCGACCAAGCCGCAGGCGAACAACUACUUUGUGGAGAAGCAGUCCUCGUACAGCAGCGGCAGCAAGCAGCCUACGCGCUCCACCAGCUCCAGCUACGACAGCCGCGGUGGGGCCAGCGAGCGCCGCGACACCAAGGUGCCCGGCAAGGACCUCACCCAGGCGGCGAGCGCCGACCAGCCCAGCUCGGGGCUGAACCUGCCCGAGGUGAAGGGCCUGGACCCGUUCCUGUACGGCCAGGCCGACUCGUACGACCCGCAGGCGUCGUCGGACACGUCGUCGCGCUACCAGACGGACUACUACGCGCCCUACAAGAGCUACGAGGAGUACUUCCGCCACCUGUUCCCCGACCUGGGCGCAGCCGGCUCCGCCGCACAGCCCAGCGCCAGCAAAGCCUCCGGUGACUACAGCAAGAGCGGCUCGCGGCCUGAGUUCUACAGCGCGCCGUCGGCGGGAGCGGCGGUGGCGGCCGUGGCCGACCGCAAGGACCUGGACGCCGUGCUGGGCGAGUUCACGCGCAAGGACCGCUCCGCCUGCAAGAAGGUGCAGCGCGACAAGAUGACGUGCUACCAGUGCGCCGACGCCACGGGCACCCAGCACGAGGAGUGCAUGUUCGUCGCCGCCUCCGAGCCCAAGAGCAAGCACCUCGCCUACCACGAGCACAAGCAGUUCAAGCUGGCCCCGCCGCCGGGCGUCCCCGUCGCGGCCGCAGGGAAGGACUCGACCGGCGCCGCCUCCGCCGUCGACCAGCAGACCGACUCGGGACGAUCUAACGACACGACGACCGCCUCCCCGACCUCUGAGACCCCCACGACCUCGACCGAGGCUGCGACCGCGGCCAAGAGCAAGCGCAAGACCUUCUUCAAGAAGGCGUCCUCCUCAUCGGUGGUCGCGAAGCCCACGGUGGCGGCCGAGCCGACCAAGGGUCGCAAGGUGCGCAUCACGCGCCGCUCCUCCAAGUCGACGCUGACGACGCUGACGACGGAGGAGGAGCAGCGCGGCUUGGCCGCCACCCCCGCCGCCUCCAAGGCCGAGCCGCCGCCCCCGGAGCUGUCGGAGGCGGACCGCAGCCCGGACGGUCUGUACAGCAGCGAGACGCGGCUCGUCUUCGACCCCGUGCUCAAGGUGACGCUGCCGCGCUACAUGCUGACGCGCACCGAGCACGAGGACGUCUUCGACGAGGUGAUGGCGUCGGGGCGCUGAGCGGCGCCGCCCCCGACACCGACUCUGUCCGACGACGACGUGACUGAGGACCUGACACCCCUCCUAAAGAAUGGGGCCAAUCUUUGACACUUGCGACGUAACUCGUCGACGGUGACUCUAAACACCCAAAAAUUCACAAAUUCCUUACAGAUCCAACACACUGAUUUUCGUCACUUACUGUUAGCCUCUUUCAAGUGUACAAUAAAUUUCCCCUAAUUGUCAUGCAUCAGUAGCUCUGUUAGGUGCAAUCAUGUCCUAGCAUGGGAUUUACAACACGAAACCUACCAUAACCAGGUCUCUUGUUUUACAGACAGUCACUACACACCCAUUACAUAUGCACAAACACACACACCGUAAAGAACAUAUAGUGCAUUUCGAAAUUUCACAAGAAGUCUCUGGUGCACAAAUCUGAAAACUAUACAUAAUUAUUGGGGCCUCUCUCUGACUGUGGUUAUUGUGGAAGACUUAUCUUUAAGCAUCUCUCUCUUUUGGGGCCUCUUUUGCGUUCCCUGUUUCUCUCUCUCUUUCCUUCUCUCUCUCUCUCUCUCUCUCUCUCUCUCUCUCUCUCUCUCUCCCUCUCACUCACUCUAUACUCUUGCUCCUUCUUCCACUUCUCUCUCUGCCUAUCAGUUUCACAUCCUUCGCCUCUGUUUCCUUCCCAAUGCCUCUCUCAUGCCUGUCUCAAUUCCGUUGGCACUCUCUCUAACUUUCCCUUCUAACUCUUCUCAUUUUCCUAAGUCUCUCCCUUGUUGCUAACUGCUUCUUCCCUCAUUCUUUAAGUUUAUUUGUCUGUAUUUUUUGCAUACCAAAUUUGUAAGUGCUACUGCACCACUCUACUUAAUUUGACAGAAAACACUACUGCAGACUGAAAUAUGUGAAUAACGUCCUUCAUUCUCCCCACUGUGUGCGUUUCUGCCUGGUCUGCAAACCCAAGAAUAUACUGCAACACAGGACAUUCUGCGAAAGUUUCAUAUAUUACUGAAGGUAAACCUGUCAUUAGCUCCUUCAUUUCCCUUGCUAUGUCCAUUUCUGUCCCGUCUCAAAAAACCCAAAAACAUACAGCAACGAAAUACACUAUAUGACAAUUAUAUAAUGUACCUAAAGAUUUUGUGGUAUGCGGGGAAUCAAAAUAGGUCUUCGAUAGAUGGGGUGAAAGUUAACCAACAGUUACCCUGGAGCAACGAAAACAAAACGAGGUAGAUCUCAUACUAACACUCUACGUAAUCUGGUGAUCUUAUUCUAACACACACACACACACACACACAUAACUAUCAAGCAAACACUUACCCCAAUCGCUCCACCUCGCACACGCGAGGCAGUGAUAAGACUGGAAGAGGGCCCGACACUGUGAAAAACUUUCUAUGCUGACGUCGGAGUGCUGCCAUUAAGAGGAGAUGCGGCGUGGCUGGCCGCUCAUGUGCUCACAACCCUGUUUCAGAGCGCCCGCCCGCAGACCACACCGGUCGGUGGGUCACUGACCUAGGGACCAGCACAACGAGGCGCCGCUACUUCACUCGUGCACCACUGUACAUCUCACU